ACUAGCCCAAAAGUUUGAUGUCUUGCAUCGAUCCAUUUCCUUCACACGUGUGACUUGCUGCACAGCUGAUCUAUGCCCCUCUCCCGGGCACAAGAUCUAUGACCACUGCACUUCCUUUCCCGUAUGGUGAAACUUCGUAACAACAGAUUACAGUGACGAGAGUCUUCACUCCAUCGACGCACAUCCGAGAUGGCUUUCAUGGCGGUCUUGGAGUCCGACCUCCGCGCUCUCUCUGCCGAAGCCCGCCGUCGUUAUCCCGCUGUUAAAGACGGCGCAGAACACGCCAUCCUCAAGCUUCGAACGUUGUCAAGUCCGAGUGAAAUUGCACAUAAUGAGGACAUAUUACGCAUAUUUUUGAUGGCUUGUGAGGUCCGAACAGUCAAGCUUAGCAUUAUUGGGCUUUCGUGUCUGCAGAAGCUGAUAUCCCAUGAUGCUGUUUCCCCAUCCGCCCUGAGGGAGAUUCUAUCUACCCUGAAGGACCAUGCUGAAAUGGCGGAUGAGGGUGUUCAGCUCAAGACCCUUCAAACAACAUCAAUAAUAUUUCAAUCACGAUUGCACCCUGAAAAUGAGGAUACCAUGUCUCAAGCUCUCGGUAUCUGUCUCAGGCUUCUUGAAAACACUCGAUCUUCUGAUAGUGUGCGGAAUACUGCAGCAGCUACCUUCAGGCAGGCAGUAGCCCUAAUUUUUGAUCGUGUAGUUUUGGCCGAGUCUCUUCCAGCUGGCAAAUUUGGUUUUGGAGGUCAGCUCACUAGGACAACUUCGGUUACUGGUGAUGUUAACCGUAGCUUCAAUUUGUCAAACUCAUUAGAUAAUGAAAUUGUUUCUGGGAGUCCUGCUGUGAGGAGGGAGAAUUUAACUGAAACCGGAAAACUUGGACUGCGCUUGCUUGAAGACCUGACAUCUCUUGCCGCAGGUGGAUCUGCAAAUUGGUUACGUGUCAACAUUCUUCAGAGAACAUUUGCACUUGAUAUUCUUGAGUUCAUUUUGUCCAAUUAUGUGGCUAUCUUCAGAACCUUGUUACCCUAUGAACAGGCUUUACGACGACAAAUUUGUUCACUUCUUAUGACUUCACUUCGUACCAAUGCUGAGCUUGAAGGAGAAACUGGUGAACCUAGCUUUCGUCGUUUGGUCUUGCGUUCAGUUGCUCAUAUCAUAAGACUUUAUAGUUCUUCCCUUAUAACUGAAUGUGAGGUUUUUCUCAGUAUGUUGCUGAAGGUUACUUUUCUUGAUUUGCCAUUAUGGCAUCGCAUUCUUGUUCUUGAGAUUUUAAGGGGGUUUUGUGUUGAGGCACGGACACUGCGGAUUCUUUUCCAAAAUUUUGAUUUGCACCCCAAGAAUACAAAUGUUGUGGAGGGAAUGGUCAAAGCUCUUGCUAGGGUUGUUUCAAAUGUACAGGUUCAAGAAUCAAGCGAGGAGAGCUUGGCUGCUGUUGCUGGAAUGUUUAGUAGCAAAGCUAAAGGUAUUGAGUGGAGUCUAGAUAAUGAUGCAUCCAAUGCUGCUGUUCUGGUUGCCAGUGAAGCACAUGCCAUAACUUUGGCAGUUGAAGGCCUGUUAGGAGUUGUCUUCACUGUUGCAACUUUAACAGACGAAGCCAUAGAUGUUGGAGAGAUUGAGUCUCCUAGAUGUGAUAAUGAUCCAUCUGUGAAAAUGUAUGGCAAAACUACAGUUCUCUAUAUCUCAAUGGUUUAUUCACUUGAUGCAUUAUCCCUUAUUUUAUCAAGGUCACAUGGAGAGGCCAUUGUUUUAGAAAUAUUAAAGGGAUACCAGGCAUUUACUCAAGCUUGUGGUAUUCUGCGAGCUGUAGAACCUUUAAACUCCUUUCUUGCAUCCCUUUGCAAAUUUACAAUCAAUUUUCCUGUUGAAACAGAAAGAAAGAGCAGUGCUUUGCCGUCUCCUGUAUCAAAACGGUCAGAACUAUCACUUGAUCAGAGCGAUAAUGUUGUGCUUACUCCUAAGAAUGUGCAGGCCUUGAGAACUCUUUUCAACAUUGCUCAUCGGCUGCAUAAUGUUCUGGGCCCAUCCUGGGUCUUGGUGUUAGAAACUCUGGCAGCUUUAGAUCGGGCAAUUCAUUCUCCACAUGCCUCUACUCAGGAGGUCUCCACCCCUGUAAAGUUCUCAAGAGAGUUGUCUACACAAUACAGUGACUUCAAUAUACUCUCGUCUUUGAACUCUCAGCUCUUUGAGAGCUCUGCUCUGAUGCAUAUAUCUGCUGUGAAGUCUCUCCUCAGUGCAUUGUGUCAACUUUCACAUCAGUGCAUGUCAGGUACUUCAAGCAGUUCGGGACCAACAACUAGUCAAAAAAUUGGAAGCAUCAGCUUUUCAGUGGAAAGAAUGAUAUCCAUCCUUGUGAAUAAUGUUCACAGAGUUGAACCAUUUUGGGAUCAAGUAACUUCUCACUUUCUUGAGCUAGCUGAUAAUUCUAAUCCACAUUUGAAAAACAUGGCACUUGAUGCACUUGAUCAAUCUAUAUCUGCUGUCUUGGGUUCGGAUAGGUUCCAAGACUACAAACAAUCUAAGUCUCUUGAAACAUCACAGGAAAUGGAAGUCAAUGUGGACAAGUUGAGGUCUCUUGAAUGUUCAGUCAUAUCUCCCCUAAAGGUUCUUUAUUUUUCUACGCAAAGUGUAGAUGUUCGUGUUGGAUCUUUGAAAAUUCUUUUGCAUGUCUUGGAGAGGUAUGGAGAGAAACUUCAUUACAGCUGGCCUAAUAUACUUGAAAUGUUGAGGUAUGUAGCAGAUGUUGUGGAGAAGGAUCUUGUUACUCUUGGCUUCCAGGUAUACUGAUUUAGUUUGCAGCAUUUAUUGCUCAACGGGGCUAUUGGUAUAUUGAGUUGACUAUUAGUACUUCUCUUGUUACUUCUGAUCAUGAUUCUGGAAAGUACACAUUAUUAAAUAGUGACAAGACAUAACUAAGUGUUGGCUAUACUGCUUGUCUGUCUAGGCUCUCUAGUUCCAUUUAGUCUUGCAUUUUGCCUCCAAAUUUUCUCUC